AUGGCGGGGAACUACGUUUUCUCAUUGCAGCCGACGUUCACGCAGGGUCUUAUUCUCGGGCAACUCUCUAUCUUGGUCCUGCUUAUCCUCAUCCUCAAAUACCUGUUUCUGGAUUCGACGGAAUAUCCACUUGAAACCUCGAUAUACCACCCGGGGGUCGACGCCAGCAACAACAUUUCCCUUCGGAAAAGCCAGACCAAGGCUCACCCAAGCGAAGGGGAGGUACCAGAGAGUAGCCCGGAGUCCGCAGAAUGGCUAAAUAUGCUGCUUCAACAGAUUGCCGACGUAUACCGGUCAAAGCUGCGAGACGACCUUCCGGGUCCUGAGGGCGACGAGAUUGCGCGCCGCAGAGUGGAAGAAUAUGCCAAUAAGAUACGGCCCGCCGGCUUCUUGGACCACAUUCGAGUCCAUUCGGUUGAUCUUGGUGUAUCUGCUCCACGGAUAACGGGCUCUGCUAUCAAGCGCCAGAAGUCCUUAGACCCACUCUCGGAAACUGAAUUCGACGUAACAUAUUGUGACACUGCCUCUGUGUCGCUUUCGACGUCGUAUCUCUUCAAUUACCCCAUGCCGUCUUUCGCCCGACUCCCUGUAACACUAACGAUAUCCCUUUCCCUAUUCAAGUCAUCAAUUGUAAUAUCACCGCCCCCUCCCUCAUCAACUACCCCCGUCCUCACAUUGUCCGUCUCUCCUGACUUCACUUUAGACCUCACGACAACGUCGCUCAUGGGGAGUCGCGCAAAACUCGCUAACGUCCCGAAACUCCACGAAUUAAUACAACAUCAAGUCCGACGGGUCCUCGCAUCUAAAGCAACAUGGAAAGUCGUCCUUCCAGGCCUAUCCACUGUGGCAGGAGUGAGGCGCGAGAUAAAAAAAGAGCAGACAGAAGACGACGCCUGGUAG